AUGGCAGAGAUACACAGAGGCAUGAUAUAUGACAACCCAGGGACGUUGUCAGUAAAGCCAGUAGAUCUUCCUACUCCCAUCCCGGGUAUCGGAGAAGUAUUGGUUCGAGUAACGCACUCGGGUGUUUGCCACAGUGAUUAUGGAGUUAUGACCGCGGCAUGGAGUUGGAUGAAACCUCGACCGUGUCUUCCUACCCAAGUAGGGGGUCAUGAAGGUGUCGGCCAUGUUGUGAAAAUCGGACCUGGCGUCAAGACAGACGCGAUAAAACUUGGAGAUCGGGUUGGCAUCAAAUGGAUCUCAAACAUCUGUCGCUCCUGUCCGGCUUGUCUGGUGGGCGCUGAUGGAUGUUGUCUGAACAUCAAGAUAUCUGGAUACUACGUUCCCGGAACUUUCCAACAAUACACUCUCGCACCAGCAGACUACGUGACCUUGAUUCCGGAGAGUAUUCCAUCCGCCCUUGCCGCGCCUCUUCUAUGCGGAGGAAUCACAGCAUAUGCAGCUUUGAGAAAGACAAAUGCCAAGCCUGGAGACUGGAUUGUUAUCUCUGGAGCUGGCGGUGGAGUAGGUCACCUAGCCUGUCAAAUUGCUAGCAAGGCAAUGGGGUGUCGUGUGAUUGRCAUAGAUUCCAGUAGUAAGAGGGAUAUGGUCAUGGACUGUGGAGCCAAUGAGUUCAUCUCCAUUGAGGACUUUGCAGCAAGCGAAGAAGGAAGUCUGRCCAUCACGCAGACAAUCAAGACCAUUGCCGGUGGUCUGGGUGCUACUGCUGUUGUAGUAUGCAAUAGCUCAGACGUUGCAUACUCGCAAGCGAUGACCUUUCUCCGCUUCAACGGGACUUUGGUAGCUGUAGGCUGCCAGGAAGGUCCGGCUAGACCGAUUGCAAGUGCUACGCCUAACAAUUUGUUAUUCACCCAGCUCAAUAUUGUGGGAUCGGCUGUGGGGAAUCAGGAAGAUGCAAAUCGAACGUUUGAUCUCGCGGCGAGGGGUGUGAUACAAGCCAGAAUUCAGGUUGAGAAGUUGGAUAAUCUAUCCCAAGUGUUUGAGAGGAUGCAUUCGGGCGAAUCACAGGGGAAAACUGUUUUGGAAAUCGAGUAA